AUGGAUUUUCGCAAAAGAAUAAUCGAUAAUGAACAUAACUGGGAUCGAAAAGGUACUGAAGACGAGGACGUGUUUUGGAGAAAAUUAACGAAAAAUAUUUCCGGGUCUAAUUCAAAGCAUUUAAAAAAUAAUAUUUUACUGAAUCCAUCUUGUAAGAAUAAUUCUGUGAUGAAAUGUUUUCAAGAGUCGAAUGAUUUUGGUAACGGCAGCACCCUUCAAGAUAAGCUAUCUAUUUUCUUGAACGUAAGUGAUUUGCUAUUGCAGACCCACUCACAAUCAAUGGUGUUUGCUCAGAAAAGAAUUACACCAGAGAUGUGCUUAUCAGACACGUAUCGCAUUUUUAAACGUAUAGAUAAACCGAAUAACAAAGUGCUUCACGGAACCGUAUAUCGAUCCCAAUUACCAUAUUCUCAAAUACAAAAGAGAAAUUCAGCAUUAAAACUGACCAAGAGGAGAAAUUUAGCAGGAUAA